AUGGUCUAUUUGAGAGGCUCGAAUUUUACAAAGAUUUUAUGUGGGAAACAAGGGGAAUGGGGUUGGACCGACGACGGACUGGAUUUAAAACCAUGUUCAAGAGAAAUGACAUCCACCAGAGGUUCUUAUACGUCGAUUCCAACCACAGAGCAAUUAGAAGCAGAAGAACGUGAAAGAGAUCAAUUCAUACCGAUAUCUAAAUACGAUUAUGGUCAACUUGUGAUAUCAUUUAUUCAUCUCGGGUUCGUGGGUUUCUUAUUUGGAUGGAGAGUUGAUGAAUAUGAUGAAAAAAAACACAAGUAUGGUGUAUUUUGGGUAGUUGGUGCAAUUGGACAAUUUGCAUCUUGGCUUUAUAUUAGCGCUUUAUUAGCAUGUCAUUUAAUGACGAGGAAAAAUCAAUCACGAUAUGGAUAUCUAAGACAUCUUUUGUUUCUUUACGCAUUAUUUUUUCUUACCGCUAUUAUAAAUCUUCGAUCUAAUUUAAAAAAUGAUCAGCAAAAAUUACGAGCUACUUUAGGAUAUGAGUUAGUGUUUGCCUAUUGGAAUGUAGCCGCUUGUUUUGUGUUAUUUGCCCUUUCCAUGUUAAGACCGCGUCAUCCCGAAUUAAGGCGUGCUCCGAGAAGACGACGUUUGUCUCGUGAUACUACUGCCUCAUUAUGGGGUCUAAUAUCAUUUUCUUGGAUAAGUCCAAUCAUCAAAUUGGGAAAUAAAAGAGCCUUAACAUCGGAUGAAUUAUGGGAAUUACCGCCCGAAUGUCAAGCUGCUCAAUGCUAUGAUGAAUUAGAUCGAUUAACAAAUUUAGAUUUGUUAUCGCGAUUACUUGUAGCAAAUUUAACCAACCUUUUCACGUUUCUUGUAAUUGCAAUAUUUCGUUCAAUUUUCGCUUUUACCACUCCUUAUUUUCUUCAACGUUUACUGGAAUAUAUCGAAACAGAAAAAGCUGAUACGCCGUCAGAAUUACCGUAUUUAUUUAUUCUGGGAAUCCUGAUUUCAGAAUUACUGCGAGUUAUAUUUUUGAAUCAAUUGAAUUAUCAGGUGGUUUGGCUGGGAAUUAGAGUCGAGCAAAUGCUAAGUGUUAUGGUCUAUCAGAAACAAUUACGUCUCAAAUUAUCACUCGCUAAAAAUGGGAAUAAUAAUCGACCUCACAAUGUUCUCACAAUGGAUGUCGAUGAUAUAGCGGGAUUUUUUUCUAAUUUACCUUUUCUAUUAACUAUACCUUUGGAAAUCUUGGUGGCAAUGAUUUAUUUAGCCAGAUUAUUAGGAUGGUCAAGUAUUAUUGGGGUGGUUGUGAUGACUAUAUGUUUAUGGAGUAACAAAAAAAUGACAAGACGCAUUGGCAGAUUGCAAAAACGAGUCAAGAAGGCUAGAGAUGAAAGGGUUGGAGAGAUCUUCGAGCUACUUCACGCAGUUCGAAUGAUUAAAAUGUUUGCAUGGGAAAGAAGUUUUCAUGAAAGAUUAAUGUUUUCACGGAAGAUCGAAUUAAACCAGAUUCGAAAACUUUUUUGGCGUAACACAAUCCUAACUCUUGUAGUUCAUGUCACACCCUUCCUAGUUACGCUAUUUGCCUUCGCCUCCUAUACAUUUGGCUUUAAUAAAGUGCUUACCGCGUCAAAGACAUUUACAAGUAUUGCUUUGUUUAAUACUCUUAAACAACCAUUACAAAUAUUGCCAAACUUAGUCUUUGAACUUGUUGGCCUUGGGGUCGCUUUGAGUAGACUUGAAAGAUUUCUACAAGAGGCCGAUGUACAAAACGAUAAUCCGGUUUUUAGCGCGGAUCUUGGUGAUAAUACUACAAUUGGCUUUACCGAAGCUGACGUUGGCUGGAGUUAUCAGAUGAAUAAUAUAAGGGCACUUAAUGAAUUUGUUUUGAAAGGAGUCGAUUUAGAAUUCCCGGUUGGAAAAUUGAGCGUUGUCUGCGGUCAUAAAGGAUCGGGCAAAUCUUUGCUUCUUUUAUCAUUGCUUCGCGAGACUUUUGUUUUACGUGGUUUCGUUCAUUUUCCGACUACUUCCGUUGCUUAUAUCACGCAGAAACCAUGGCUUGAAAAAGCAACCAUACGUGAUAAUAUAAUAUUUAGUUCAACUUUUGAUGAUGAACGAUAUUGGAAUGUUGUGGAAACAUGUAAUCUCUCAACGGAUUUUGAGAACAUGGAACAGGCUGAUAUGACAGAGUACGAUGAUGAAAAUUUGACUCUAACUGAUGAUCAAAAAGCACGUAUUGCACUUGCGCGUGCCAUGUAUAGUUCAGCGCAGAUAUUACUGUUAGAUAACUGUUUGGAGUCAGUCGAUACAGUAAAAGCACGUCAACUUAUAGAAAGUUCACUCAAUAGCCCUUUCUUAUCGAAUCGGACUGUUAUCAUCGUCUCUAAUCACGUACGAUUAUUCUUGAAUGCCGCCGAAUUUAUUGUUGUAUUGGGAGAUGGUGUUGUUUCUGCUAAGGGAACUCCCCAAGAAGUAACAGAGGCAGGAGUUUUGACAGACGAAAUUCUUGGAACAGAUACAGUUAAUGAACAAUUUAAUUUUGAUAAAACGGAUGAAUUAUCAAUAAAUCAAGCAUUGGAAAAGGCCGAAUCAGAUAAAAAGAAUUGGGCAUCUGAAGAGGCUCGAAUCCAAGGCAAAGUACAUCCUAGUAUCUAUUACUUCUAUCUCAAAUCCAGUGGAGGAAUCUUUGUAUGGUUUAUUCUGCUACUGCUUUUCCUUAUUAUCCGGUUACUCACGGUCGGUGAGACUUAUUUACUCAAAGUAUGGUCAGAGGAUAAAACCAUUAACGGAGCUCUGACAUUUCAUAUUGAAGAUCAAACAGUACCAGACUCUGAUUCAGAUACACGAGGGGGAAACAUCAAAUAUAUAAAAAUAUAUGCAUUAAUAGCGAUUGCAUCAGCAGCUUUUACUAUUGUCCGAAUGUCAUUGCAACUUUAUAUUUCGUUAAAAGGCUCACGAACAUUGUUCUCGAAAUUAUUAAAUUCAAUAUUGAGAGCUCCGUUGAGCUUUUUUGACACCGCACCAUUAGGAAGAGUGAUGAAUAGAUUCUCGAAAGAUUUGGGCAUUGUUGAUCAAGGUCUUUUGACAGUGAUGGCAAGCUUCCUGGGCAAUUUAGUGGGUGCAGUAUGUGUACUUGCAGUUGUCACAUGUGUUACAUGGGAAUUUGGGUUUGCGUCGAUUAUAAUUGCCAUUUCGUACAUAAAAAUCGGAAGCAUGUAUAUAAAUGUUUCGAGGGAAUUAAAACGAUUACAGUCUAUGACACGAACACCUGUAAUUUCUUGGUUUUGUGAUACUGUUGGCGGCAUAACAACUAUACGAGCGUUUAAUGCUGAAAGAAGAUUCGUCAAGGAAUUUAUUGAAAAAUUGAACGAAUCUAAUCGAACCACAUACCUAUUACAUAUGUCAAACCGGUGGAUGUCACUUCGCUUGGGCACGAUUGGCGCUUUUGCAUCAUACUUGGCCGGAUACUUUAUUUUGAUGAAUUUUCAGCAGAUUGACGCCGGACUUGCAGGGUUUUCGCUGAGUUAUGCACUUGGAUUUGUGCAAAUUGUAUCCAUGCUUGUUAAGGAUUACACGAGUAUGGAGACAAGUUUGAAUAGCGUGGAGCGCAUCGAAGAAUACAUUGAAAUGCCACAAGAACCCCCAGCUGUAAUUGAUAACAUUCAUCCGCCUGCCGCGUGGCCAACAAAUGGAAAUAUCGAAGUAUCUAAACUCACGGUUCAAUAUUCACCCGACCAAGAAAUUGUGCUACGUGAUAUUUCUUUCAUGGUGAGAGCCGAAGAAAAAAUCGGGAUUGUUGGAAGAACAGGUUCUGGUAAAAGUACUCUGGCAAAUUCAUUUUUACGUCUUGUUGAACCUGUGGACGGAAAUAUACUUAUCGAUGGAGUAGACAUAGCAAAUAUUGGAUUAGAAGAUCUACGUUCAAGGAUUACAAUGAUAUCUCAGGAUCCAAUACUCUUUGAAGGGAGCAUUCGUUCAAAUCUUGAUAUCCGCGGUGAAUACGAAGAUAGAGAAUUAUGGGAAUCCUUAAGGCGUGUACAUUUUGUUCAAUUCAACGAAGAAGGCUCGACCAGUGAUUAUAGUCUUUUCAUGUCUGGGCCAAUACAAACUUUGGACGAUCCUGUAAAUGAAGGUGGAAAUAACUUCUCGCGAGGACAAAGACAAUUAUUAUGUCUAGCAAGAGCAUUAUUGAGACAGUCUAAGAUAAUAAUUAUGGAUGAAGCAACAGCAAGCAUUGAUCCAGAAACCGAUAACAAAAUACAAGAAACGUUCAGAACGGAAUUUCAAUAUGCAACUGUGUUGUGCGUCUCACAUCGUUUUAGAACCAUAAUAGAUUCGGAUCGGAUAUUAGUUCUUGACAACGGCGAAAUCAUUGAAUUCGAUACGCCAUAUAAUUUAAUAAGCAAUCCGGACGGAUUAUUCCGACAUUUAUGCGAGGCGACUGGGGAAUUAGAAAGUCUAAUGCAAUUGGCAAGUCUAGUUUCUCCGGACGGUAUAAUUUGCGAAACGCAGCCAGAGGUAGAAGAUGAAGUAAUAGAUAACGAAAAUACACCACAACAGCCAUAUGCACUAGAUCCCGAAACUGGUGCAGAAAAUCAAGGAGACGAUAACAGCAAUGAUUUUUCAAGUCAAAAUGUUGGUGAAGAUGAACCAUCUUCGCAAGAUCUGAGGCAGUCUAGUGAAGUAGACGAGAAUGAUAAUCGUGAAGAGGAUGAACAUGAUGGUCACGAUGAACAAGAUGAGGAGGAAGAGGAGGAAGAUCAGGAAUAUGAGGAGGAAGAGGAAGGGAAUGAUGAUGAAUCACAGGAUGGUUACUAUUAA